UACCAAAUUUUUCUUUUAAAGAAAUUCUAAUUUCAAGACAGAAAAAAUUACACUGCAUCACAUACAUUAAUUCCGAUUUCACAUUUCAGAGGAAUUCUUUAACUCCCAUUCCACAUUCACGCUUAAUUCAUCCACCACAACGCCAGUUCACCUGCCGUAAAUUUUAACAACCACAAAACAGAGCAUCCAUGGCAGACUCCUCCCGCGAGAUCACAGCCCCUCUGAUUUUUGAGGCAGAUAAUGAAGAAGACGACACCAGCCUCCCGUCGUCCUCAAACCCCAAAGCGGCGGUCAACGACGAACCGGAGGAAAACUCGCCGAUACGGCAGGUGGCCUUGACGGUGCCCACCGGCGACGACCCAUCGCUGCCGGUGCUGACAUUCCGGAUGUGGGUUCUCGGCGCGGUCUCGUGCGCGCUCCUCUCGUUCCUCAACCAGUUCUUCUGGUACAGAACGGAGCCUCUGACUAUCACCGCCAUCUCCGCCCAGAUCGCCGUCGUUCCUCUCGGCCGGCUCAUGGCUUCGAAGCUCACGCGCCGCGCAUUCUUCAAGGGGACGCGGUGGGAAUUUACGCUGAACCCCGGGCCCUUCAACGUCAAAGAGCAUGUACUCAUCACCAUCUUCGCCAACGCCGGCGCCGGCACCGUUUAUGCCAUCCACGUCGUCACCGUCGUCAAGGUGUUCUACAAGAAACACAUCACAUUCUUCGUCUCCUUGCUCGUAGUUAUAACUACUCAGGUCCUGGGGUUUGGAUGGGCGGGCAUAUUCCGGCGGUACCUGGUGGAGCCAGCGGCUAUGUGGUGGCCGGCGAAUCUCGUUCAGGUCUCGCUGUUCAGGGCCCUGCAUGAGAAAGAAGAAAGGCCCAAGGGCGGGCUAACCCGGAUCCAGUUUUUCCUUAUAGCCUUCAUUUGCAGCUUUGCUUACUAUGUCUUCCCAGGCUACCUCUUUGAGAUGUUGACCUCCCUCUCUUGGGUCUGCUGGGCCUUCCCCAAACUGGUCCUUACCCAACAACUGGGCUCUGGCCUCUACGGCCUCGGCAUUGCCGCCUUUGGGCUCGACUGGUCCACCAUCUCGGCCUACCUCGGAAGCCCACUGGCAAGCCCAUGGUUUGCCACCGCCAAUGUGGCUGCAGGAUUUGUCCUGGUCAUGUAUGUGCUCACCCCACUGUGCUAUUGGUUCAAUGUGUACAAGGCCAAGACCUUCCCAAUCUUCUCCGACGACCUUUUCACGUCAACCGGACUAUCCUACAACAUUUCGAGCAUUGUCGACGCCAAUUUUCACCUCGACCUUGCCGCAUACGAGCGCGAGGGGCCGCUCUACCUCAGCACAUUUUUCGCAAUGACUUAUGGAGUUGGUUUUGCGGCAUUAACCGCAACGAUUGUACAUGUGGGGUUAUUUCAUGGCAGGGAGAUAUGGGAGCUAAGCAAGGCAAGUUUUAAGGAGAAGACAAUGGACAUACACACAAAGCUAAUGAGGAAGUACAAGCAAGUGCCAGAGUGGUGGUUUGUGGUAAUACUGGUGAGCAACAUUGGGCUCACCAUCUUUGCCUGUGAGUACUACAAUGAGCAGCUUCAGCUACCUUGGUGGGGAGUUUUGCUUGCUUGUGGGAUUGCCAUUUUAUUCACUCUUCCCAUUGGAAUCAUCACUGCCAUCACAAAUCAAACACCAGGACUGAACAUAAUCACUGAGUACAUAAUUGGGUACAUCUAUCCAGGAUACCCAGUUGCUAACAUGUGCUUCAAAGUGUAUGGGUACAUAAGCAUGACGCAGGCAGUCACCUUCUUGCAGGAUUUCAAGCUUGGCCACUACAUGAAAAUCCCUCCCAGAACAAUGUUCAUGGCUCAGAUAGUAGGAACACUCAUUGCUGGUGUAGUGUACUUGGGAACUGCUUGGUGGCUGAUGGAAACCAUCCCAGACAUAUGUGAUACAUCCUCAAGCAGUACAUGGACAUGCCCGAGUGACCGGGUGUUCUACGAUGCGUCCGUGAUCUGGGGUUUGAUCGGGCCGAGGAGGAUUUUCGGGGAUGAGGGCACCUAUGAGGCUGUGAACUGGUUCUUCCUGGGAGGAGCUGUAGCUCCCAUUCUGGUGUGGUUGGCUCACAAGGCCUUUCCUGAGCAGGAAUGGAUUGGGCUGAUCAACAUGCCGGUCUUGAUUGGUGCCACCGGGAUGAUGCCACCUGCAACUGCUGUGAACUACACAACCUGGAUUGUCGUGGGGUUCCUCUCCGGCUUCGUGGCAUAUCGUUAUCGGCCGGAGUGGUGGAAGAAGCACAACUAUGUGCUUUCUGGGGCACUUGAUGCUGGGUUGGCAUUCAUGGGGGUGCUAUUGUAUUUUUGCCUUGGCUUGGAGAGUGUUGAGCUUGACUGGUGGGGAAAUGACCUUGAUGGGUGUCCCUUGGCCUCUUGUCCUACUGCCAAAGGGGUUGUGAUUGAAGGGUGCCCUGUGUUCUACUGAUAUGAUCUGCAGACCAAGUAGUGAGAUGAAGAACUCUAAACAAAAGAAAUUGAACAAGAAUGAUAGAACAGCCCCAUGAUUUCUUUUCUUUUCUUUUCUUUUCUUUUUUCGCCCCCAACCCGAAAGGUCCAUUCGACAUUAUUUUUCCUAAGAAUUUGCCUAACUAAGGUGUUGCUCAAUUGGUUAAUUUCAAAGUGAUAUGCAAAGGAUGUUAGGUUAUGUAAGGCAUAGGCUUGGAUUUGAAUUUGGGUAAACCUUCUUGUAUUGUAUUUUAUUCCAAUCUAUACAAAUUUAAAUCUAAAGUAUGAAUUUACAAGCUUCCAAA